AUGGGCCACGUUAUCUCUGCAGCUACCACUGAAGGCUUCCCACCCAAGCCCAAGUGGGGCGUCGGUGACAUUCCUGACCUGACCGGCAAAGUAAUCAUCGUCACUGGCGGUGCCGCUGGAAUUGGCAAGGAAACCUCGAAGGCGCUCUUGAACCACAACGCAAAAGUGUACAUUGCCGCCCGCAAUGAAACUCUUGUACGAAAAGCUAUAGAAGAGCUGAAGUCCGAGACGGACAAGGAGGCCCUCUUCAUCAAACUAGACCUUGCUGACCUCAAGUCAGUCAGAGCUGCUGCUCAGGAAUUCCAAUCUAAGGAGCCAGAGCUUCAUGUUCUUUUUAACAAUGCCGGAGUCAUGGUACCUCCCAUUGAGGCUGUCACAGCUCAAGGAUACGAUCUCCAAUUUGGCACAAACGUCCUCGGCCACUUCUAUUUCACCAAGCUGCUCAUGCCUCAGCUCAUUGCUGGUUCCAAAACAAGCGGCGAUGGAAAGGCCAGAAUUGUCACCACCUCUUCCUCCGCUAGUGUUCUUGUUAGAUCGAUCAACUUCAACACUAUCAUUGACACUCCCGCACGGAAAAAGAGAUCGAACUGGAUGCUUUACGGAGAGAGCAAGCUUGGAAGCAUCGUUUUGGCUAACGAACUGGCUGCGAGAUAUGGGGACCAGGGAAUCGUAUCCACUUCCAUGAACCCAGGAAACUUGAACUCAGAGCUCCAACGACAUUUGAAAGGGCUUGAAGGAUUCCUUGUGUCGAAGUUCCUGUACCCCGUGCCCAUGGGUGCCCUGGCGCAAUUGUACGCCGGAACCUCGCCUGAAGGCGUCAAUUUCAACGGCAAGUACCUUAUUCCAUGGGGACGUAUCGGCAAAAACCACCCUUUCGGUCAGAAUGUUGCUGCGCGUAGGAAAGUGUGGGACUGGCUUGAAGAGCAGGUCGCGAAGUUCGAGGCGUCCUCUUAA